AAACGGGCGUUUCGGGUGGCCAGACGCGGCAGCGCAAACAGAUCUGCUGGUAACUUUGGGAGUCCAACUUUUUGGAGUCAACAGCCAUAAAGAGAGUGAGGGGGCGGAACCCUGCUGAGCCCCUGCGCUGAACGACAGCCAAUCGCUUCGUUCGCCUAACUGCCAGUCACCGAAAUCCGUCCAAUACCCGCAGUGCCAUCUCUAAACUCUGUUCCCCACUGCGUCCUCCAACUGUUGUGUGUUCUGCCAAUCGCUUGAGGACAGAGUGGGAAAAGGAGCAGAGUUCGAAGCCGGACAAAAGAACUUAUAGAGCCCUUAUAUCCAUGUUUUCCUAAUGUUUUAGGGCGCGUGGUGUGGCCAAAAACAGUCGCGGUGCGCGCGGAUGGACUUGUCACUGUAGUUAUGGAGCCCCCUUUAAGCAAGAGGAACCAGGCGCUAAGAUUAGCGGAUUUGGCAGCGACUCAGCCCCUUCCUCAUCAGAAUAUGACAGGCUUCCCGGGGCUAGGGGGGCAUCACCCUCUCUCCCACCAUGCCCACCUCCACCCUGGGGAGCUGGGCAACGACCCCGGAGUGGCACUCACUCCGUUUGGACCAGAGCACAUGGCGCAGACAAAUGUGCUCAAACUUAGCCCCUCUCAGCACAUUCAGAGCCAUCCCGAAGCCCAGACCGCGGCAUCCUUCACUUCUGCUCAGACCACAGUUGGUUUCCCCGUGGCUCACCCCCACUCAGGCUACUCAAGCAGCAGGGACUUCAUCCUCAGGAGAGAACUCUCAGCCUCUGCUAUGCACGCACUUGGCGACCAGCAUAGUUCCGCCUCCUCCCCUCAUCACCAUGGCAUGUUUAUCUCUCCAACAGGUGCUUACGGACACGCGGAAAGUGGGGCCCAUUCGCUUUUCACUGGACUUCACGAUCAGGCGUCCCCAGGCGCGCACCACCACCAUGCCCUCAACGGCCAGAUGCGCCUGGGUUUGCCGGGGGAGCUGUACGGCAGGCCGGAGCACUAUGGAGCCUCCUCCCUGCACAGCUACAACUCCAUGAACCUCAACGUCAACAUAGCAUCCGCUCCACAUGGAGCGGCGGGGGCGUUUUUAAGAUACAUGCGGCAGCCCAUCAAGCAGGAGCUGAUCUGCAAGUGGAUCGAGCAGGAGCCGAGUCCCAAAAAGCCGUGCUCGAAAACUUACAGCACCAUGCACGAGCUGGUCAACCACGUCACCGUGGAGCACGUCGGGGGACCGGAGCAGAGCACCCACGUCUGUUUCUGGGAGGAAUGUCCGCGCGAAGGGAAGGCGUUCAAAGCGAAGUACAAACUGAUAAACCACAUCCGAGUUCACACGGGAGAAAAGCCUUUCCCGUGUCCUUUCCCGGGCUGUGGGAAAGUGUUCGCUCGCUCGGAGAAUCUGAAGAUUCACAAGAGGACGCACACAGGUGAGAAACCUUUCAAAUGCGAGUUUGAUGGCUGUGACAGAAAAUUUGCCAAUAGCAGCGACCGCAAGAAGCACUCUCACGUCCACACCAGCGACAAGCCUUACUACUGCAAAGUGCGUGGCUGUGACAAAUCUUACACACACCCCAGCUCUUUGAGAAAGCAUAUGAAGGUGCACUGCAAAUCCCCACCACCCCCCUCCACCAACGUCACUUAUAUGUCCUCCGCAAACCCCCUGGGAGACCCUCUUUCGCCCCAUUCGGAACAGCACAGGAGCCGCUCGGCGAAUCUUUCCCCUCAGGUCACCACUAACCUCAACGAGUGGUAUGUCUGCCAGGGGAGUGGGGGACCAAACCAUCUCCACACUCCCUCCAGUGAGGUGCCAACGUCAGAUUCUGACGAGGAGGAGUCUUACAGGCACUCAGACCCGAGGACAAUGCUCUGAUGGCCGCUGAGUGCCAUGUGACUGUCAAAACGGACACCCUGUUAAAGUCUGUAAACCCACAUGCACUUGGGGAAUUAAUAUUUUUAGUAUCUUAAAUGAGCUACACCUGAGUGGUAUGCUGGAUGCAAUAUAGGCCUAAUGACACGAGGACCAAAUGCCUCGGAGGUGACCCUGACCUCUCCAAAAAAAUAAAAAAAAUAAAGGGUGGGGGCAAAAUGAAAAGUUUGGCAUUAGUUCACAACAGUAAAGUGAACCAACUUCUUUUGUGUCUUUGUUUAUGAUGACCAAAAUUGUUCAUGAAAUGAGCUGCCACCUUUAGGAAUUUUUACAACAGCAAUAUGCAGGGUUUAAACAUCAGAUUAAACUGGUGUGCCGAGGCGAUGUGUGACCACCCGUCGUCCCCUCGCAGUUCAAUAACAGGCCUGAAAUCAAUCACUGUCAAACUGUACGCAAACCAAGAAAGUUACAAGUUGUACGAAACACACAAUCCAGCAGCUGAGGGGUUGAUUAUUUCACGUUUGGUACAACUUUAUCAAAAGAUGGGCAAAAAUAAAAAUGCCAACAUGUGAGCGUCUUAAGGGUUCUCCUUUUACUUUUUCAGAUUUAUACCAUACAUUUGUUUGAAUGGAAUUUUCUAAUAUUUAAGAACUAUUUAAAACUAUAUUUUAUGCAAAA